GAUACUUCGUGGCGCUUGGGGAAGAGAGCUGCCUUUCGGGUUAGCAGCGUGUUAAAGGCGGCAGGGGCAGUCAGGAAGGAAACAGCAUGGCUCUAAAUCUCACCGUCAAUCCCAGCAACCCACCGCUAGGGGCGCUGUUAGCAGCAGAACAUGUGAAGGGCAGCGUCAGUGUCUCUGUGGAGGAAGGCAAAGACACCAAGCUGCAAGUCUCUGAUCAGGUGCAGUUCAGUGACGUGAACUCCAUUACACGUUACCUUGCACGUGUAGCACCCAGUCUGGGUCUGUAUGGCUCCAACAUGCUGGAACAAACUGAGGUGGACCACUGGCUGGAGUUCAGCGCACGGAAGCUGAGUGGACAGUCAGACCUGGCUCCUGCUCUUGCAGAGUUGGAUGCAGCUCUGUCACUGCGCACAUUUCUGGUCGGCCACACCCUGACACUGGCUGAUCUCUGUGUGUGGGCUGCCCUCAAAGGAAGUGGAGAGUGGCAAUCUGUGCAGGCUAAACCCGGCACAUUUCCUCAUGUGUGCCGCUGGUUCUCUUUCCUGAGCUCUCAGAUGCCAUUCAGUGAGGUGGGCACCAAGUGGGCCAGCAAACUUUCUGCAAACCAGCCUGCUUCUGGUGCGAAGGAGAAGAAGCAGGAUGUUGGGAAGUUUGUGGAGCUGCCUGGUGCUGAAAUGGGCAAAGUUGUUGUGCGAUUCCCCCCAGAGGCCAGUGGGUACCUGCACAUUGGCCAUGCCAAGGCCGCCCUUCUCAACCAGCACUACCAGGUUAACUUCAAGGGCAAGCUGAUCAUGCGCUUUGAUGACACAAACCCUGAGAAGGAGAAGGAGGACUUUGAGAAGGUGAUCUUGGAGGAUGUUGCCAUGCUGCAAAUUAAGCCAGAUCAGUUUACCUACACAAGUGACCACUUCCCCACUAUCCAGCGUCUGGGUGAGCAGCUGCUUCGGGAAGGCAAGGCCUACAUUGACGACACGCCCCCUGACACCAUGAAGCAGGAGAGAGAGCAGAGGAUCGAGUCAUGCCACCGCAACAAUUCUGUGGAGAAGAACUUGAAGAUGUGGGAGGAGAUGAAGGCAGGCACAGAGUACGGGCAGACCUGCUGUAUGAGGGCUAAGAUCGAUAUGAGCUCAAACAACGGCUGCCUGCGUGACCCUACGCUGUAUCGCUGCAAAAACGCCCCACAUCCCCGCACUGGUGACACGUACAAGGUUUACCCCACAUACGACUUCGCCUGCCCAAUCGUAGACAGCAUUGAGGGUGUGACCCACGCUCUCCGCACCACAGAGUACCACGACCGAGAUGAGCAGUUCUACUGGGUAAUAAACGCCCUGCGACUGCGGAAGCCUUACAUCUGGGAGUACGCUCGGCUCAAUCUCAAUAACACCGUACUCUCGAAGAGGAAACUCACCUGGUUUGUGGAUCAGGGCUAUGUGGAUGGCUGGGAUGACCCACGAUUCCCUACAGUCAGAGGAGUCCUGCGCAGGGGAAUGACCGUUGAAGGGCUCAAACAAUUCAUUGCUGCCCAGGGUGGAUCCAGGUCUGUGGUCAACAUGGAGUGGGAUAAGAUAUGGUCCUUCAACAAAAAGGUCAUUGACCCAGUAGCUCCUAGGUACAGUGCCCUGCUAAGCUCCCAGGUUGUUCCCAUCACCCUUUCCGAUGCCAAGGAGGAAAUGAAGGAGGUGGCCAAACAUCCCAAGAACGCAGAUGUGGGGAUGAAGCAAGUGUGGUAUGGCCCAAAGGUGUUUGUUGAGGGGGCGGAUGCUGCGACCUUUACUGAGGGAGAGACUGUUACCUUCAUUAACUGGGGCAAUAUCAUCAUUACUAAAAUUCACAAAGACCACAGUGGAGCUGUGACAUCCCUAGAAGGCCGUCUAAACCUGGAGAACACAGACUAUAAGAAGACUACCAAAAUAACUUGGCUAACUGACACCCCCAAAGCUCCCUUCACCCCUACUGUGUGUAUCAACUACCAGCACCUCAUUACCAAACCUGUGCUGGGCAAAGAUGACAAUUUCAAAGACUACAUUAACCCGAAGAGCAAGAUCGAGGAGAUCAUGAUUGGCGACCCAUGCCUGAAGGACCUAAAGAAAGGAGAUAUAAUCCAGCUGCAGAGGAGGGGCUUCUAUAUCUGUGAUCAACCUUACGAGCCAGUCAGUCCUCAUAGCUGCAAGGAGAGCCCGUGUAUCCUGCUAUAUAUCCCAGAUGGCCAUACCAAGGAAAUGCCCACAUCUGGCUCCAAGGACAAAAACAAGAGCCAGCCGAUCACUAAACCAGUAAGUGAUAAGAAAGAAGAAUCUUCAACACCUGCAUCCAAAAGCCUAAGCAUGUCCUCAGCCUGCCCUUACACACGUGUAGCUGAGCAAGGUGAGGUGGUGAGAAAGCUGAAGGCCGAGAAAGCACCCAAGGACAAAAUCGAUGCAGCUGUAAAGGAGCUUUUGGCUUUAAAAACUGAGUUCAAGCAGCUCACCGGUCAGGAUUAUAAACCAGGCAUGGCUGCUCCAUCUGCAGCACCAGCACAACCUGCUCCAUCACCGAGCUCCUGCCCUGCUGACCUCUAUUCACAGGUUGCAGCACAAGGGGAGUUGGUCAGGAAACUUAAAACAGAGAAAGCAGCAAAGGAGCAAAUCGAUGCGGCUGUGAAGCAACUGCUUGCUUUGAAGGAAGCGUAUAAGAAGGUGACAGGUCAAGACUACAAGCCAGGAGCUGCCCCUGCAGCACCAUCAGCCUCUACUCCAUCAACCACCGCAACAUCAGUUUCCUCAGCACCCGCAUGCCACAACAAAGACCCUGUGGACAUUUACCAGCGUGUGACACAGCAGGGUGACCUUGUGAGGAAACUGAAAACUGAGAAAGCGCCGAAGGAGCAAAUCGAUGUGGCUGUGAAACAACUGCUUGCUUUGAAGGAAGAGUAUAAGAAGGUGACAGGUCAGGACUACAAGCCAGGAGCGGCCCCUGCUUCAUCAGCCUCCACUCCAUCAACCACCGCAACACCAGUUUCCUCAGCACCCGCAUGCCUCAACAAAGAACCUGUGGACAUUUACCAGCGCGUGUCACAGCAGGGUGACCUUGUGAGGAAACUGAAAACGGAGAAGGCACCGAAGGACCAAGUGGAUGCUGCUGUGAAACAGCUGCUGGAACUUAAGGCUGAAUACAAGCAGCAAACUGGAAAAGAAUAUAAACCAGGCCAGGCUCCCAGCACUGCUCCCACGCCUGCACAAGCCAGCCCUGCUGCACCUCCUCCGUCCAGCUCUUCUCCUCAGGCUCAGGCUCUGUAUGCUCAGGUCUCCCAGCAGGGGGAGCAAGUGAGAAAGCUCAAAUCAGAGAAAGCCCCUAAGGAUCAGGUCGAAAUGGCAGUGAAGACUCUGCUGGAGCUUAAGGGCCAAUACAAAGCUCUCACUGGACAGGAGUACAAGCCAGUGAGUGCUGCAGGGGGUACGGGGAACACAGGAUCAGAGGACAAGAGCCGAAAGGAGCGUGAGAACACUUCUGAGAAACAAGGAGGAGGAGGCCGCAAGCCACAGAAAGGAGGAGAAAAACCUCAGCAGGGUCAGGAGAGUGGGGCAGGAGGAGCAGGAGAUGGUCAAGGACCGAAGAAACAAACACGGUUAGGACUUGAGGCAAAGAAAGAGGAAAAUCUGGCUGACUGGUACUCUCAGGUUAUUACCAAGUCAGAGAUGAUUGAGUAUUAUGAUGUUAGUGGUUGUUACGUGCUGAGGCCGUGGGCUUUUGCGAUCUGGGAGAGUAUCAAAGAAUUCUUUGACCGUGAAAUCAAGAAGCUAGGAGUAGAGAACUGCUACUUCCCCAUGUUCGUCUCUCAGGCAGCUCUGGAGAAGGAGAAAACUCACAUUGCUGAUUUUGCCCCGGAGGUUGCAUGGGUGACGAGAUCAGGGAAGACUGAGCUCGCAGAGCCUAUUGCUGUGCGUCCCACUAGUGAGACAGUAAUGUACCCUGCCUAUGCUAAAUGGGUCCAGUCCCACAGAGAUCUGCCAAUAAAACUUAACCAGUGGUGUAACGUUGUGCGGUGGGAGUUCAAGCACCCCCAGCCCUUCCUCAGGACCAGAGAGUUCCUCUGGCAGGAGGGACACACGGCCUUCGCCACCAAAGAGGAGGCUGCAGAAGAGGUUCUACAGAUUUUGGAUUUGUAUGCACGAGUGUAUGAGGAGCUCAUGGCCAUCCCGGUGGUUAAAGGAAGGAAAACCGAGAAAGAGAAAUUUGCAGGAGGAGACUACACUACAACCAUUGAGGCCUUUAUCUCAGCUAGUGGAAGAGCCAUUCAGGGUGCUACAUCACAUCACCUGGGCCAGAACUUCUCCAGAAUGUUUGAGAUCAUGUUUGAAGACCCGAAGAAACCUGGUGAGAAACAGCUAGCCUAUCAGAACUCAUGGGGUUUAACCACCCGCACCAUUGGAGUUCUGACCAUGGUGCACGGAGACAACAUGGGCCUUGUGCUGCCACCCAGAGUGGCCUGUCUGCAGGUGAUCAUCAUUCCUUGUGGUAUCACAGCCACUCUGCCCGAGGCUGAGAAGGAGCUCCUGAUGUCUCAGUGCGCCAAGUAUCUCUCCAGGCUACAAAAGGCAGAAGUCAGGGUGAAGUCUGACCUUCGUGACAACUACUCACCAGGCUGGAAGUUUAAUCAUUGGGAGUUGAAGGGUGUCCCGAUUCGCUUGGAGGUUGGCCCUAAGGAUCUGAAGCAGAAACAAUGUGUGGUAGUCAGGAGAGACACAGGAGAGAAGAUCGUCCUUUCCGAUGGGGAUGUCGAAAAGAAGAUUACCCACUUGCUCGAGGAGAUUCAGGAUAACCUUUUUAAACGAGCUUCUGCUGAGAUGAAAUCACACAUGGUGGCAGUUGACACUAUGGAGCAGUUCCAGAAAGAGUUGGACCAGGGGAAGAUUGUGCAGAUCCCAUUCUGCGGAGGCAUUGACUGUGAGGACUGGAUAAAGAAGACCACUGCGAAGGAUCAGGAUCUGGAGCCAGGUGCACCGUCAAUGGGAGCCAAGAGCCUUUGCAUCCCUUUCCAACCACUAAAGACUCUGCAGCCAGGGCAGAUGUGCAUCAGCGGCAAAGAGCCAGCCCAGUACUACACCUUAUUCGGUCGCAGUUACUAAGAGAAUGGUUUCUUUAAAACAUCCAUACAUGACUGCAAGACACAUUAGAGUCUAAAGCAACUUAAAUUUGACAAAUGUACUAACCUGAAUUUCAGAAAAAAACUUUUUUUUUUUUUUUUUCCAUACGUUAACCCCUAGUCAUAAUCAUGCUGGAGUCAGUUGAUUCUCCUUGAGUAAAGAUUCUCUUAACUCUGGUAAAUCUCAGGACAAUUAUCUGUAAGGCAUUGACGGUGCACCUGUACUGAUCUGCUAUCAGAUUUUGAGAAAGAGACUUUUGUCUGGUUUCUGUGGCAAAACCUAUAAUACUAAAAUAUUAAACCCCUCUACAUGUUUGACUUAGUUUUUUUUUUUUUUCAUAAUAUGUAUCAUUCUGCUUCUUCAUAAAAUUCAGAGCUUGCCUGUAAUAAAGACAUAAUCAUAUGA